CGAUAUAGCUAUAGUCAAACAUAUAUAUGUAUAUUCACGACAUUUACUCUGGUGUUUCUAUGUAAACACUGUAAAGUUAUUUGCAAAUGAAGAAUCGUCGCUUUUGCGGUCUUGUUUUUCUCGCUCGUGACUUGACACGCCGUUGACGUAAUCCAACGCGCGAGCGAAUAAAGUUUUGUUAUUUUGAAACAACAUGGCGGCUUACUUGUCUCCACUGAGUCGGUGCUUGGUCAAAUACAUGAUAACAGACACGUUGCCGACGCCAAGUAAAUAUCGGUGUCUUGCCCGCAGACACGUUUUGAGGGGUUACCCUCCGUGCACAAGCAGUUCACCAGGAUCAUCGUGUCCCACACAGUCCCCUGCCUCCAGGUUUUGUUCCCAUAGUAAAUCUGUUGGACUCUAUGACAGCCUGGUUCAUCGUGGCUUGCUGAAGGAGGACGGUCAGCAGAGACACGUCUUGCAGCAGCUGGCUCAACGACAGAGGACUCUGAAGAACUACUGCAACAGCAUCUAUUUGAAUCCAUCUGCUCCUAAUGAGGAGCCAAGGGAUGGCAGCACCAACCUAAACAACGGAAAAGACCCCAAAUUGAGAGAAACUCAAAAUGAAGGCGAUGCAUCCCCGGAAAAGGAGGAACCAGCUCCACCCCCACCUCCACCACCACCCAGGGGCUUCUAUAUCUAUGGAGACAUUGGCACCGGGAAGACCAUGCUCAUGGACAUGUUUUACUCCGGUGUGGAGAACGGAUGUAAAAAGAGAGUCCACUUCAACAGCUUCAUGUUGGACAUCCACAAAAGGAUCCAUCAGCAGAAACAAAGCCUGCCAAAACGAAGGCUAGGGAAAAUGUUCACCUAUGACCCCAUAUCGCCGGUUGCCAUGGAGAUUAGCAAUGAAACCUGCCUCUUGUGCUUUGACGAGUUUCAGGUGACAGACAUCGCCGAUGCAGUGAUCCUGAAGCAGCUGUUUGAGACCCUGUUUAAGACGGGCGUAGUGGUGGUGGCCACCUCCAACAGGCCCCCUGAUGAUCUGUACAAAAACGGACUUCAGAGGGACACCUUUCUGCCUUUCAUCGACAUGCUAAAGGAUUACUGCCAGACCAUCUGCCUGGACUCUGGGACUGACUACAGGAGGCUCGACCAAACUGCAGCAGGGAAACUGUACUAUCUCACAAGUGAACCUGAUGCAGAAGCCUUCGUGGAUGUGCUGUUUGAUGAGCUGGCGUUGAGACAAAAGAGUGUCCCGGGGCCCAGGGUCCUGACAGUGCAGGGCAGAGAAGUGACCCUGGAGAAGACCUGUGGCUCCAUCGCCUUUUGUACUUUUGAGGAGUUGUGUGGCAGACCUCUGGGCGCCGGGGACUACCUUGAGAUGGCGCGGGUCUUUGACACGGUGUUCAUCCGCUACAUUCCCAUGCUGACGCUGACCCUCAAAGACCAGGCCAGACGUUUCAUCACCCUCAUGGACACCUUCUAUGACCACAAGGUGAGGGUGGUCCUGCUGGCGGCGGCCCCUCUGGACCAGCUGUUUGUCCACUCUGGAGGAGAAGACAUGAGGGACCGACAGCUGCUGGAUGACCUCGGCCUCAGAGGGGAGGCCGGGGAGCGUCUGACUCUGUUCACAGCCGAAGAGGAGGUCUUUGCCUUCCAGAGGACCGUCUCCAGACUGAUGGAGAUGCAAACCGAAAGGUACUGGACUCAGGGAGACCGCAGCAACAGCAAGACACAGACCAACACACCUGAAGUCCAUCCUGACAAGCAUUCCCCUCCACAUUCUGUGUUAUUACAGCCUGAGUUUACAAAUGGAAAAUAA